CGCAGGGAGGCGGGCGGGGAGCGCAGCAGGACUGCAGCGGGCUGCGGCCCCGGAGAGGGAGGCACCAGCCGCGGGGCGGGAGGUCGCUGCCCGGGCGGAGGAAGCGGCCGGGGCCGGAGCCGAGCCCGGCGAUGGCUGUAGCGGGGCCGGCGCAGCUGCGGGUGGCGUUUGAGGACGUGGCUCUGUAUUUCAGCCGGGAGGAGUGGGAGCUCUUGUCCCGGCCAGAGAAACAGCUGUACCGGGACCAGAUGCUGAGGAAUUACCGGGCCCUUGUUUCCUUGGGCUAUUCAGGUUCCACACCGGACUUAAUCCACCGGAUUGAGGUAGGGGAGGCAGAGCUCUGGAUUCAGGAUGUCGAGGACUCCAGGGAAAACUCUGGGCCAGAGAGCCCAUUCCGAGCAGGGCUCGGAAUCCUGGGGGGAACGCGGACACAGUCUGAAUGUGGGGAAAGCGCGGCAGGGAAGCAGGAUUCCACAUCCCACAGAGGGAUCCAUGCACAGGACACAGUCCAUCCCCGGGGUAAACUCAGCCAGAGACCAGACCUUGCUACACACCAGAGACUCCCCAUGGGCCAGCGUCCCCACCACUGCAUCGACUGCGCCAAGAGGUUCAGCAACCCCUCCGCGCUGAACCAGCACCAGUGCACGCACACCAGGGAGUGGCUGCACCGCUGCUCUGACUGCGGCAAGGCCUUUGCACGGAGCUCACACCUGAGAAGACACCAGCGCGCACACACUGGGGAGCGGCCGCAUCGCUGUGCUGACUGCGGCAAAGCCUUUGCAGAGAGCUCAAAGCUGAGAAGACACCAGCGCACGCACUCUGGGGAGCGGCCGCACCGUUGUGCCCACUGUGGUAAGGGAUUCUGCAGUGCCUCCACACUGACACUGCACCAGCGCACGCACACCGGGGAGCGGCCGCACCGUUGUGCCCACUGCAACAAGGGCUUUGCACAGAUCUCAGCCAUGAAAAUACACCAGCACACACACACUGGGGAGCGGCUGCACCGUUGUGCCCACUGUGGUAAGGGAUUCUGCAGUGCCACCACACUGACAGUGCACCAACGCACGCACACUGGGGAGUGGCCGCAUCGCUGUGCUGACUGCGGGAAAGGCUUUGCAUGGCGCUCAGAGCUGAGAAGACACCAGCCCACGCACACUGGGGAGCGGCCGUACCGCUGUGCUCACUGCGGCAAGGGCUUUGCACAGAGCUCAGCCAUGAGAAGACACCAGCGCACACACACUGGGGAGCGACCGCACCGCUGUGCUGACUGUGGCAAGGGCUUUGCAGACGGCUCAAGCCUGAGAACACACCAGCGCACGCACUCCGGGAGCAGCCGCACCGUUGUGCCCACUGUGGUAAGGGAUUCUGCCGUGCCUCCACACGAGCUGGAUGCCACCCUUGGUGGUGACCUCACCUCCACCGCCAAGAGCCCUGUGGAUACUUUGGCGGGGCUGCAGGCGGUGGACAGGGGGCUCAUGCCCGAGAACAAAGUCCUGGACAAAGGUCAAACCUACCCCUUCUAUCAGGAGCUGGAUGCCACCCUUGGUGGUGACCUCACCUCCACCGCCAAGAGCCCUGUGGAUACUUUGGCGGGGCUGCAGGCGGUGGACAGGGGGCUCAAGCCCGAGAACGAAGUCCUGGACAAAGGUCAAGCUGGAGAACGUUGUGGAGUCGGUGCUGGCGGCGCAGGCGCGGGGCCGGGCGGGGAGCGGGCGGGAGGCGGCCCCGGGGAGGCAUCAGCCGCGGGGCAGGAAGUCGAGGAAGUCGAGGGGUGGAGGAAGCGGCCGGGGCCGGAGCCGAGCCCGGCGAUGGCUGCAGCGGGGCCGGCGCAGCUGCGGGUGGCGUUUGAGGACGUGGCUCUGUAUUUCACCCGGGAGGAGUGGGAGCUCUUAUCCCGGCCAGAGAAGCAGCUGUACCGGGACCAGAUGCUGAGGAAUUACCGGACCCUCGUUUCCUUGGGCUGUUCAGGUUCCACACCGGACUUAAUCCACCGGAUCGAGCUAGGGGAGGCAGAGCUCUGGAUCCGGGAUGCCGAGGACUCCAGGGAAAACUCAAGACCUGAGAGCCCCUCCUCAGCAGGGCACGAGAUCCUGGGAGGAACGAGGAGAAGCUUCAGCCAGUCCUCAGUCCUGAAAAUACACCUGCAUAUGCACACCAGAGAGCAGCUGUACCACUGUGCUGACUGCGGGAAGGGCUUUGCACGGAGCUCAAACGUGAGAAUACACCAGCGCACACGCACUGGGGAGCGACCACACCACUGUGCUGACUGCAGCAAGGACUUUGCAGAGAGCUCACUCCUGAGAACACACCACCGCACACACACUGGGGAGCGUCCGCACUGCUGUGCUGACUGCAGCAAGGGCUUUGCAGAGAGGUCACACCUGAGAAUACACCAGCGCACACACACGGGGGAGCGGCCGUACCACUGUGCUGACUGCGGAAAGGGCUUUGCAGAGAGCUCAAGCCUGAGAAGACACCAGCGCACGCACACUGGGGAGCGGCCCUACCACUGUGCUGACUGUGGCAAGUGCUUUGCACAGAGCUCAAUCCUGAGAAGACACCGACGCACACACACCGGGGAGCGGCCGUACCACUGUGCUGACUGCGGCAAGGGUUUUGCACAGAGUACAAGCCUGAGAAGACACCAGCGCACACACACUGGGGAGCGGCCGUACAGCUGUGCUGAUUGCGGCAAGAGUUUUGCAGAAAGCUCAAACUUGAGAACACACCAACACACACAUAGCGGGGAGCUGCUGCACUGCUGUGAUGUUUGCGGCAAGAACUUCAGCAACACCAAUGCACUGACCAAGCACCAGCGCACACACACAGGGGAGAGGCCUUUCCAAUGCACUGACUGCAGCAAGAGCUUUGCAGAGAGCUCAAGCCUGAGAAGACAUCAGCGCACACACACCGGGGAGCGGCCGUACAGCUGUGCUGACUGUGGCAAGCGGUUUGGUAGAUUGGCCAACCUCAACCGGCACCAGGUCACUCACACCAACACCCCUCUGCCAUCGCCAGGGCCUGAGGGGCUUCUUGCAGCCAGUGGGCCUGCCAUGGCAUCAGCAGAUGUAGACCAGUGAGUGGUCCUGUCCCCCUGAUGACCAGCAGUGAUUGUGUGGGGCAGGGAAGGGAACUUGGUUGAGCAGUGUGGGGAAGAGCAGACCGGUGGUAGUAAUUUAGAGAAGAUGGUCACAGCCUACUCCAUUAGGGAACUCGGUCCUGCCCUCCAUGUAGGUGGGAUCCAACUACGUCUCUCUGUCCUACACACACUCAUGCAUCUAGAGGGGAUGCAGCCAGGACAACCCCCUCCCCCCCACCUCCCCCCUGAUGGGACCCCGCCAGGAACUUCUCCCCACAUCUAUCUCGGUUCCAACCGGUGUGACUCUUGGGUGACAUCUAGAGGUGGGAUUUGCAGUCCUGUGGGGCGGGGCAGAACUGCCUGGUCCAUGUAAUUGAAAGAAUACUCAGGACCUGCUCAUGCCGUCUACUUUAAAUAGAAAUGUGAUGAAGAAGAACUACGUCCCUAAUGUGUAACAAAGGUCUGUCUAACCAGAUGUUUCUUUACUAUUAAAGAAGCUGAUGGGUUCAGACGGCAUGUGGAGAAGCCAGUGUAAACAGUGUAAAUCUUUAAGGUGAGCCAAUGAAAAUGUUCUAAGUCCUCACUGUCUGUAAGGCAACCGUGGCUCUCUCCCCGUGCGUCAGGAGGCUGUGCAGUCCCAGCUGCGCUUGAGCUGUAGGAAUUGGGAUACCCACGGGCAGAUUUCUCAAGGCUUGUGCGAAAAGGGCUGUGAUCGGGACACGGUGCAGAGCGAAGGUAAAGGAGCUGAGGCAGGCGGACCAUAAGGCGAGGGAGGCGGACUGUCGCUCAGGUGCUUCACCUAAGGCCUUCUGGUUCUAUAAGGAGCUGGAUGCUAUCCUCUGGAAACCCCACCUCCACUGCCAAGAGCCGCAUGGAUACUUCAGAGGGCACAGAGGCAGCGGAAAGAGGACCUAACCCAGAGGCUGAAGUUAUUGAUGAAGAGGUGGAGUUAGAUGAGGAUGUGCAGCUCCUGGCAGGGUCAUCCAGUAGGCCAGGCAGCCAGGAACUGUUCUCCACUCCAGAGCUGUCUAGCCAGACUCAGCAGUUGCUCUUCAGGGAGCAAGAAGCAGGAGAUGAGAUGCCUGAUGUGGCCUUCAGGAACACCUCACGCAUGCUGGCCAAGCAUCUCCGCCAGAUAAGAAAGCGCCCAAGAUGCAGCAAAGAAGACAUGUUCUGGGAGGUCCGGCAGUGCUCUAAUGCAGAAAAAAAGGGAACACAAGGAGUGCUGGGAAGCUGAAUAGCAGGACAGAAAAGAGAAUCACACGUUUGUUAAGGACACAACUGAGCGGCUGAUUAAAGUAAUGGAGAAGCAAACACAGAUGCUGAAGUCCUUAAUAAUGCUGCAGACUGAGGCCUUGCCUAUGCUAGAGGGGAAAUUCGAUCUAAGCUACACAAUUUGAGUUACGUGAAUAGCGUAACUCAAAUCAACAUAGCUUAGAUCUACUUACCACGGGGUCCACACUAUGUGAUGUUGACGGGAGACACUCUCCUGUCGAUUCCUGCUACUCUUCUCGAGCUGGUGGAGUACAGGAGUCGAUGGGAGAGCGAUCUGCGGUCGAUUUAGCAGGUCUUCACUCAAGCCACUAAAUUAACCGCCGAUGCAUUGAUCGCCAUUCAUGGAUCCCCCGGGAAGUGUAGACAAGCCCCGAGCAGAUCAGUGCUCCUCUGUCACUGCAGCACAUUCAGAACUCUUUCCCAUGCCCCUGCCCCUUAAACUGCGCCCACAAAUUCCUUUCCACUUUCCGGGACUUCUCGGUUUCCCCUUCACUCCACCCCCUCGGACAACUUUCACAAUGACAACUGGACCUACACACAGCUGUGAAAGUCUGCCUUUCCCUGGUUCCUCCUUUCCUGCCAAGCAUCUGUGUGUUUGUGUGCGCGCUGUUCCUUGUGCAGUAAAAGCCAAGCUUUAUAAUGGUAAA